CCGCCAUGUAUUUGAAUACUCGUUACACCUUUCCGCUGAUGAAAUAAGAACAUUAUUCAUCUCGUCACAUAUUUCUAUUUAAUGAAAAACCAUACAAAUUUCUAAAUAUCUGGAUGCUUCAUGUGUGCUAUUUGUUAGGCCUUAUGAUAUAUGUCUGCAAUGUAUCCCUUCUAUUUCAUGUUGUAGAUACGGAAGAGAAAAUUUCACGAGAUAGUCGAGUGCAUAUAGGCAGAUUUUGCCUUAUCUCAAGCGCAGAAAACUAUCUCUUUCUUGGGACUAACACUAGCAUAAUCAUAAUAUCCAUAACUAACGAACACUUCAUCCAUGAUAAAGUGACAUGGCCGACCAUCCAGACGGAAUCAGUCUUUGAUUUGAGAUACAACCACUGUAAUUCUGUGAUUCAGUCUGUUGUCCGACUGGCACCUGGUACUUUUGAAGUGUGUGGAAGGUCUUUAAUGAGUAUUAGGUGUAAUAUUUUGGCUAAAAAAGAUUUAAUCUGGUCAACGUUUUCUGGAAAUACUGCACCAUUUGAUUUGAAGUACAAGGAUUUGUUUUACGAUUAUUCUGAUGGUUAUUUAACUCUGGCUUCUUCAUCUGAUGGAUAUUCACCGAGAUUAGAGGUGAAAAAGCUCAAAUUGCUAGAAGAUCAAAUGAAUCUACCAAAGGAAAUAAUAAUGCAUACUUCUUAUGAUGUUAUGGAAAAUAGUAAUUAUAAUGCAUACACAAAUAAUUACCACCUAUUACUUUCUAAUUCCAUGUAUUGGGAUAAAUUACUUGAAACAAAUAAUUUAAAAAAUUCACAUUUUACUGAAGGUUAUGAGUUUACAUUUAAGAAGAUUUUAUCAUUACCUGGUAGACGAUAUAUUGUGUUUAGAGAACCAGCUAUUGAAACACAACUGAGAGAAAAUCCAUGGACAUCUGAUCGUAAAAUUGUAUACACUCGUAUUGCUCGCAUUUGUACUGAAGAUAAAGGAUUUCAAAUGCCAGAUGAUGGACGUAAAUUAUUCACCUCAUUUUUCAAAACUAGACUUGUGUGUCAAGUUCGCAGUAAAAUGCAAACCAAAUACCGAAUAUCAUCUACAAAUCGUGAUUUCAAUUAUUUAGUCUCACUGUCAACUAGUUAUUCACCGGAAAUGAGCAAUGACUUAAUCCUCUACGGUUUAUUCUCGUCACGUGAUCCUCAAUUAGACGAUGAACUUCCAGCAAAUUUGGCAAACAAUUUAGUCUUUUCUGGACCAUUAGCAUUAUGCAUUUAUAAAUUGUCUACAGUGGAUAAAACUAUAGAAUCUAGUGAUUUAAUAAUGCGCUUACCAUCAUUCUUUCCAUAUCAUUUAAGAGAUACUUCAUCAUCAUCAUCAUUUGAAAACCAUUCCAAUGUAAAUAUUGAAAGUUAUAUAUCUGGUCGUGUUGCACCAAGAUUAACAGGUGGAUUUAAACGCAUAAAUCGUGAUAAGUAUCCUCAGUUAAAAAAUAUUACUAAAUGUCCUGGUUCGUAUGCGUCGAACAAACGCCUGGCACUGGAGGCAUCUUUAUUGGUUGAUUCAGUUUAUCCUGAAAGAUUAGACAUUGUUGGUUUAAUAGAAACACGUUCACGGAUAUCAGCAUUUACUAUAGAUCCUCGACAUGUUUCAAAAGUAUACAAAGACAAAACACAACCAAAUCAAAUUAGACAUAUUCGAUAUACUAUAUUUUAUAUUGGCACAAAUAACGGUGAUGUCUUCAAAAUGUUACUAUUCAAUGAAGUUGAAGAUAAUUUCUCUCAGCAUUCCACCAGUGCAACCAAUCGUUUCUUGGGAAAUCACAGUCUUGAUGGAUUUACGGAUUCUAUGUAUUUUAACACUCCAUACUCCUCUUCAUCCAUUGUAUCUACUGGAAAUAUUCGUUUUCUUCGACAUUUGACAACUUUAACGACAAACGAAAAAAUCACAGAUCUUUUAUUUAUUUAUAAUUCAUUCUUGAAUCGUACAACAGAAAUCAUAUCCAGUGAUAAACAGUUCACCUAUUCCGCAAUGGAUAAAUUUUUUCUGUUAGUUUUUAAUCAAGCUGAUAUUAUACAAGUUGAAGUAACUCAGUGUGAUCGAUUCAAAACUUGCAAGGAAUGUGUGGCACUCAAAGAUCCUGACUGUUACUGGAACGAAAUACUACAAAAAUGUGAUACAAGCACAGAUGGUCUGAGUAACAUUAUCACUGGCUUCCAUGUCAGUUGUGAGGACCUAGAUGUUGACAAAUCAAAAAUCCACUUCGAUGUCAAGCGAGUUUCAAGUCCUAUUACUUCAAACACAUCCGAACUACUGUCAAACACACCAGUUAAACGACAAUGUCCCUUUGAAAAUGAACGUAUAACACAUUAUGUGUUGAAGUUAUUGUUUUCUGGUUUCAUUGGUGUCAUUAUUGGCUUUAUAAUAGGCGUAGUACUACUUUUAAUUAUACAAAAAUUCAUAAAGUUAAACAAAUCAAAAUGUAGAAAUGUAAUAAUAUUGAAUUCAAAGAAUCAAACAGAAAGAAGCUUAAACGAUAUAUGCAGUUCUGUAAGCGAUCAAAAUAUGAAUUUACUGCAACAUUCAAAACAGGGAACAGUAUGUUCACAUUCAAAAUAUCCCGCUUGUCUUACUCCUUCUACAAUGAAUAAUGAACAAUUACUUAUGCCUCAAAUGAACAACACUCAUGAUCCAUGUGAUUAUUUAUCACAUGAAAUGAAAUUUAUUGCAAAUAAUGAAAAACAAUCAUUCCCCUUGUCGGAACAAGCAUUGGCGUCUAGUUUACCAUUAUGGGAUGAUAAGAUUUAUAUGAUGAGUAUAGAUGGAAAAACAAAUACAAACCCUGUUACUAAAAUUAUGAAUAAUCAAUAUAUAAGUAAUGAUAGAAAUACUUCACAAGUGAUCAACACUUUUUCAAGUAACAAUGACAACUAUGCAGAUAAUUUUGAUGAAUUUCAACAAUACAAAGUCGCUGAACCAUCCAGUAAAGUAGUCGGGAGAACAUUUCAGAAAAUAAAAUAA